UGCAAUUUUAGGAGGAAAAGAAAAUCAAAGAUAUCAGUUUUUGAGGAAGCAGCUAACCGACGCCCAUUUCCUUCCCUGCUCUUCUUCAUUUCAUGCGCUCGCUGCUUCCCAAAUUCCCGUCCCUCUUUCUCAGAUUCAAAUCCCAUGCCUCGAAUCCAAACCCUAACUUCUCCCUCAAACCUCCGCUUCUCUUCUCCGUCAACCUUUCCACCCCUCGCCACCUCCGUCAAUGCCUCGCCCACGCUUUCGCCGCCGGAGUCCUCGGCAGCACUCACCUCCAUCUUUGGAACUCUCUCCUCCACUCCCUCUCCCGCAGCCCCAACCUCGACGUCGCCGUGCCUCUCUUCCAUCUUCUGCGAGCAGCCGACCUCCCAGUCGAUGACUACACCUUCACCGCCGUUCUCAAAGCCCUCGCCUCCCUCGCCCUCCUUCGAGAGGGCGAAAACAUUCAUUCUUUGUCUCUGAAACUUGGUUUCGAACGCCACACCUUCGUUCUCAACUCACUGAUCCAUAUGUACUUUGCCUGCGGCUUCAACACCAGCGCAAGGCUGGUUUUUGACUCGGCUGAUGAUUCCACCCGAGACGUGGUGUCUUGGAAUAGUCUGAUCUCGGGGUACUUGCAGAGCGGCAUGUGCCGUGAAGGUUUGAUGGUCUUUAGGAGUAUGGUAAGUAAAUCAAUUGCUAUGGAUGCAGUUACUCCAGUUAGUGCUUUGAUUGGCUGUGGGAAGAUUGGAGCAAUUGGCCCUGGAAGGCAGAUUCAUAAUUUGAUUGUCCUAUAUGGUUUUGAUCUGAACUGCUAUUUGGGCUCGUCAUUGGUCAACAUGUAUGCAAGGUGUGGUUACGUGGAGGAUGCUCGCAAGUUGUUUGAUCGAAUUCCUGAAAAGAAUGUUGUUUGUUGGACUUCGAUAAUUUCAGGGUGCGUCCAGUCAGGCCAGUUCAGGGAGUCAAUUGAGUUAUUCAGAAAUAUGCAGAUUGAGGGAGUGAGAGCGGAUGAUCCUACAUUAGCUUCUGUUCUUUCUUCAUGUGCAGAAUUGGGUGCGCUUGCACAGGGAAGAUAUAUCCACAAGUACUGUGAUGUGAACAAUAUAGGGAAGCUCCUUUCAGUGAAGAAUGCUCUAAUUGACAUGUAUUCAAAAUGUGGGGACAUUCAGAGAGCUUUACAAGUUUUUCAAGGAAUAGUUCAGAGAGAUGUAAUUUCAUGGACAGUGAUGAUAUCUGGUCUUGCAAUCAAUGGAUAUUCACAAGAGGCAUUGGAUUUGUUCUCAAGGAUGGAACUCUCGGAUGGCAUUAUGCCAAAUGAAAUAACAUUCCUUGGUGUUUUAACUGCUUGUAACCAUGGAGGAUUGGUUGACAAAGGAUACCAUUACUUUAGACAAAUGGUAGAUCACUAUGGACUCAUUCCUCAAAUUGAGCAUUAUGGGUCUAUGGUUGAUCUUUUAGGGCGUGCUAACCUUUUGGAGAAAGCAUACGAGUUCAUUAUGAAAAUGCCAAUUCGACCUGAUGUAGUAAUUUGGCGAUCAUUGCUUUUUGCUUGCCGAGCUAAUGGGAACGUUGAUAUGGCAGAAUAUGCCGCAGAAAGAAUUGUGGAACUUGAACCGAGGAAGUGUGGGGUACAUGUUUUGCUCUCAAAUGUAUAUGCUGUUUCAUCAAGAUGGAGUGAUGUGAAGAGGGUUAGGGGAGCUAUGUUGGAUUGGAAUAUACAAAAGUUGCCUGGAUUCUCCUCCGUCGAAUUGAAUGGAGUAGUGCAUGAGUUUUUAGCUACAGACAAAUCACAUCAUGAUUCAGGUAUCAUUUAUGAGUUGCUUUGGAUGGUCAAUAGACACAUAUUAUCAGAAGCAUAUAAUGAGUCUUGUUAUCUGAUAUAGAUGCCAACAUAAUUCAAGAUUUGUCAAAAGAAAUGGAUUUCCUACCAUUGCUUCAGCUUAGCUAGGAAGUAGGUGCAUACCAUACAAAUGUUGUAUUGCCUCUUUAAUGUUUCAAACAUGGCUAAGGCUUGGAUCUAUCCUUUAUGCUCUAACUAAUCCUGAUUGGAUCCAAUUUUGCACCCAAACCAUGCCUCUAUGCUUGUACCCUUCCACUCUAGUUCUUAUAAACAUGACAUGGUAGCUUUCUCUUUUUUCCAAACAACAUAAGAACUGCAUCCGUCAGCCAACUUGCUUUAAUCAAAUGUUUCCACUCAGUAUCAAACAAAUCGUACAAUGAAGUGUUCAAAGUUUGGAUUGGGAUGAUAGGAUUGCAUAGUGGCAGAUGAAAUUUAGUUAUAGGAUCUUUGACAUUUGUGACUCACAGCAAGAGGAUCGAAAGUGAAAGCUACUUGAGGGGGUGCAACAUGCCUCGUUUGAGUUUAGACGAUUUGCCACUUAUUCACUUCCUCUUCCUCCAGCCCAUUUCAACUAAUGACCUCUUUAAUAAGCCUCAACCAGGGAUGAACAUACUCAACAACCCACACUCUUGCCCCCUCAUAGGUUAAGGAGGAUUAUUGUGACCAAGCCUCCAGAGUUUCCAAUGUCAAAGACACACAUGCAUGAUAGAGAUGAAGAUCUACAUAAUAACAUGGAAAUCCUUGAAGCUGGGAAGAGGAUCUACAUAGACCAAAGCCUCUGGAGUUUCCUUGUCAUUCAAGCAGGGAGGUGGUCAUCAUGUUGUCAUAACAUAAUGUGUGUGGAAUGAGAUUAGAACUCACUUAUAGCUGAGACAGAUACAUUCUCUUACUUUUGUUUUGAGGGGUUGGUGAUGCACGGGAGCAACAGCCUUGUUGCACCAUCACUUGAUGAUCAUGUGCAAUUUUUAGAUCCCCCAAUUACGUAAAGGUAGAGGGAAAUGUAUUUAUAUUAGGAGAUACUACUUGGUGUAUGACGGGACUAGUGAGGUGACCAACUUCCCAAAUGCUAACAAAAUGUUGUAGGUGUCACUUGAUUGGAGUGGCCAGUCACCUUCUCUCUCCCAACCGUUUUGGCUCCCAUUCCUUUCUGGAGUAGAUGGCAUCCAUACUUCAUUGCCAUCUCACAAAAACAAUUCAUCACCAAACCUGAUUUCCAUCUCGUAAACCUCCAUAAUUUAUGGGCUUUGUAAGGUUUGACCAACAACCUCAUCCCUAUAGGCUCUUGAAUGCAAGACUGUUCCCUGCACGAUGGUUCUACCCAUCAUUACUAGUAUUCUAAAGUCGGCCUAGGCGGUCGCUAGGUGCUAGCCAGUCGUACCGAAAACAUAUUAGUCGGCCAGCCUUGGCGC